AUGAAAUUUAAAAUAUUUUCUUCAAGAAUUAUUAAACUCGGCAAAAACCGAGUUUUUUGUAGGACUUUUCUAAUUACUAUUCUAAUUUUUCUGAUUUUUUUCUCUAAGCGGAGGUUGGCAAUUGACCUUCUAUUAAUUGCUGAACUUGUAUUAAUUGACGUUUUUUUUUCAAAAUGUUUGAGGAAAAAAAAAGUGGUUAAUUAUCCAAGAAACUCCAAAAGUUUGACUUCUGGUGAGAAAAAUGAUAUUGAACUUAAAAAAUUUUCCAGUAAUAACUCUAAUAAUUCCGAAAAGCAACAAAAAACAAUUAAAAGGUCAGUUGAUGAUAAAAGAUUUAGGAAAAUUGGGAGAAAAAAAAGUAAAGGAUAUGGCUGGAUGCUUACAAUUAUAGCCUCAUUAAUAUUGAUAUUUACAUCGUUUUACGAAAGUUGGAUUACUAAUAUUGUUGGUAAAAAACAUUCAAAUAAACAAGAAAUAAUAAGUUCGAAAGAUCAGUAUUCGGUAGAAAGUAGGUAUCUCAACAAAAUUUUCAGAUAUAGCCCUCCAAUUAAUUUAUCCGUUCUCGAAUUUUCAAAUUGGUUGCUCAAUAACUGGUCCUAUAGAUCUAUCUCAAAUCCGCGAAGUUCAUUUUCUGACUAUUUAAACAUUGAAACAAAAGUAAUUGAAUAUAUCGAGACUGAAUUUGAUACAUUUAUCAAUUUGAAGAAAGAAACAUCCCUACCAAAUGUAAAUAAUGAAAUCAAAAGUAGUAAUUUGAACGAUUUAACAAGAAGUACUAAUUCGGUUUCUGGUUUAGGUAAUUACAAUGAAAAUGAUAGAAUAAGUAUUGUAAUUCCAGCUUAUAAUGAAGAUGAGUUUAUCAGUAAAACUAUAAUCUACACUAUUGAAGCGACUCCAGUGGAAUUGCUGAGAGAAAUCAUUGUUGUUGAUGACUUCAGUGAAAAUCCAGUACAUGAAAUACUUGAAAAAGAACUCCCAGAGAAUUAUAAAAGAUAUGUGAAAAUAAUAAGAUUAAAUAAAUGUGAAGGUUUAAUAAGAUCAAAAAUAAUUGGAGCAGAUGCUGCUUUAGGCCCUAAUAUAUUUUUUUUAGAUGGACAUUGUAAACCAAAAAAGGGCUGGUCAGAAGCAUUGGUUAAAUCAAUUAGAGAAAACUAUAAGAGAAUUGUUUGUCCAAUAGUCCAAAGUAUCUCUAAUACUGAUUGGAGUGAUAUAGGAACGGCUGGUGCGAAAAUGAUGAUAGAAUGGAAUUUUGCAUUUCAUUGGUAUGAUGAUGGACUACCAGAAAUUCCGAUUACAUCAGGAGGAAUAUUAAUGAUAACAAAAAGAUGGUGGGAAGAAAGUGGCAAGUAUGAUCCGGGAAUGCUUUAUUGGGGUGGUGAAAAUAUUGAGCAAAGCUUUAGAGUUUGGCUUUGUGGUGGAGAAAUACAUGUGGUAAGAAAUUCAUUAGUUGGACAUAUUUUUGAUAGAAAUAAUUUAAAUAAAAGAAACCAAGAUUUUGAAUAUAAAAAAAUGUUAAUUGACAAUAUGAACACUAAUCAUCAAAGAACGGCAUUUGUAUGGUUAAGUGAACAAUUUUAUGAAACUUAUUUCAAAAAUUAUCAUGUAAUGGGUUAUUUACCUCUUAGUUAUACAAAGGGUUUAAGUGAAAGACUCUCAUUAAAAUACAUAUUGAAAUGUAAACCUUUUGAGUGGUAUUUAAAAAAAUUUAGGCCAGCAUUUGAAAGACAGCAUGAAUUAUAUUACGACUUCCACCAUAUUCAACAUUUAAAAAGUAGAUUAUGUUUGUCUACAUUGAAUAAACAAGAAGAUAAGAUUGAUAUUGAGAAAACUAAUGAGAUUGAAAUUCCAAUGACUGUAGUACCGAAUGAUGUGUCCAGGUAUAACAUAAAAACAACUACUGAUUAUGACAUAUUAACUUUAAAAACGUGUAACUAUCUUGACGAAUCCCAAAAGUGGAGUUUUAUCCUUGGUAAUCGGAUGUUAUAUAAUUAUAAAUCAAGAAAAUGUUUAGAUAAAGUAAUUUCAGUUAAUUUAAUUGAAAAAAUAAAAUCGGAAGAUUAUAUAGAGUUAAUUAAAAGUUUAAAAUCUAAUACUAUAUUGAAAUUACCUUUAUUAUAUGAGUGUGACUGGAAUCUUGUGAUGAGAGCAAGAAAUUAUAAUCAGUUCUGGGCAUGGAAAAACAAUAAAAAUAAAAAUGGAAGAAUUGUCAAUUGGGCAGGAGAUGAACAUAUAUCAAAUACGACAGGUGGGGCAGAGGAAUUUAAAGUUCCAAUAAAUAAAGGAUUAUAG